AUGGAAAAGUCAAAAAAAAAAAACAAUGAUAAAAAGUCAUCAAGGAAAGAAGAAACUAUUGAAUUCUUGAAAGAGCAGUAUAAACUUUUGGAACAACACAAUCAAGAGUCAGGCAAUGCAAAUAUGUUUGUUUGCUGCCUUAGCACUCGCCGCUGCACUACUAAUACAUUCUCGACUUCAUCCUCACUUGAACUUAAGAUAUAUUCAUUUAUGUCUGGCUCAGCAUCGCGUCGACGCAGACGUCGUGAAGCGGCAACUUUAACUGUCAACAAGGAACAUUAUGCUCGGAUUGCAAAUCCAAAAUCGUAUGAAUUGUUGGGCGAGGAUUUGAAAGGAACCCUUCCGGUCAAUCGUACGAUAGUCUUCAAUUGUAACGAUCCCGAGACCACAAUAUGUGUCCAAGCUGUAAUCCCCCUGUACGAUUUCAAACCCAAUAAGCCGCUAACAGUCACCAUGAAAUACCACGUGGACCUGAAGGCGGUCAAUCAGAUUCUAAUCGAACCCUGGGAGUUCUUUGUGGUCGUUGUUGGUUUAAAUGUACAAAAGACUGGUGACCCCUUGGGCACAACUUUGGCUGUUGCCAAAAAUAUAGAGUACAAUAUUAUUUCGAAGCAUCAGCUGUACGGUACACCCAUAUGGGUUAUAAUAGUGUCCGUAAUAGGUGGUCUGCUGGUCCUGGCCUUAAUAACAUAUGGCAUGUAUAGGGCCGGUUUCUUUAAGCGCGCCACCAAGGAAGAGAUGGACAAACUAAUGCACCAAGCCACUCUGUCAACGGAUGGCGUUACGGAGGCAUCGAACUUAAAUACCGCUGGCAACUAAUUUGAUAUAAGCUACAACGUAGGGUGUGACCCAUACAGCUGUGAUGUCUAACUCUCGCCAUUAAUAAUUUAUUGAAUAUGUGUGACAAUAUUUAUUGAAGAUUUUUUUUGUUAUGUUUUUUUUUUUUUUUUUAAUUAAAUGUUAAAAUAGUUGUACAUCACAAUGUAAAUGAAGUUGGAGUUAGCCAACUGAAACAUACCAAAUUUAAUUUGUAAAAGCUGCCAUAAGUUUACAGGCAUACUUAUAUGUAUUCAAAUAGUAUAUACUUUUUUCUAUGUUACCAAUAAUGUUAUUUGUAUUUUGUAAAAAUGUGUUAAGAAAUAAAAACGAAUUUUUUAAUUGAAUAA